AUGGCUGCCAUCCAGCGCCCCUCCACGCCCUUCCCAUACACCCACACCCUCGUACACUCAGCCACCCACUCUUACUUUGAGCCCACCCCUCUGCCUUACGGCCACCCCCUCCACUUCCACCUCACACCCAUGCCUUCACCUGUGCCCCCUUCCCUCUUGGCAAAGCGCCGCGGUGCUCCCAUCUCACCACUCCCCACCCCCACUUCGGCGCCCAUGGUCCGCUCUACCAGCCGACCUGUCCGUCCCAGGCCCUCGCGUGCGCUCUUGAGCCAGCCUCAGCCGAGCGAGCCCAUCCCUGCCAUUGGCCAAGUCCUCUCGCGCCAGACCUCCAACUGCCCUUCCGAGUGCAGCACUAGCUCCUCAUUCAGCGCACCCUCCCCAUCCAUGCCCAUCACACCCCACUACCCCACCCCACAACUCGAGGUGCCUACACCACUGGCACUCCCAUCACCCCUCUGCUCGCCUGCGCUCUCGCCUUGCGAGCCGGUGAUUGCGACACCGCCCGAGCUGCCGGGGUUCUCAUACCGCCUGGCUGGCUCUGGCUCAGACUAUGGCGAUGACGAAGAAGAAGAAGAAGAAGAGCGAGGGAGGAAGAGAAGUGUGGAGGAGGAGCAGAGGUGGAAGAGGCCAGGAACGCCGGUGCAGUUUCAAAAGAUGCUGGAGAGGCUCGAGGCGCUGAGCAAGGAGAAGCGGGGGAAGGAGAAGCGGUUCAGGAGUGUAGUGGACGGGGGUUCUUGGGUAGUUCUCGGUUAG